AUGGAGCUGAAAAAAGGUGAAAAAGUGAAAUACAUUAAGGAUGGUGAAAUAAGAAAAAUGUAAGGCUGUUUUAUAUGAUAAUAGAGAAUCAAUUAAUGAUAUGAUGAAAGAACUAAGAUAUAGAGUGGUUUAGAUUAAUAAAAAUGCCUGAGAUGGGAAUAAGAAUAGUAUAAAAUUUGGAAAGUUUAUAGGAAUUAAUCGCUGGAGGGAUUUGUAAUUAUUAUAAUAACAAAAUUGGGAUAUAUAGGAACAUUUUGGAAGUAUUAAUAUAUAGUAUAAUUAGAAAAUCAAAAGUAUUUUAUAGAGGAUAAUAUUUGAUGGAAUAAAAUUAUGA